AUGCAAGACGUCCUCUUUACCAGGCAAACUAUAAUCCACUACCUCAGUGGACAUCCUGAGAAGCAAGUGGAGAAAACAUUCAACAGGUUUAGGGAGAUUCAGAUGGGUCUACAAUGGCCUGGAAGCUCAGAAGACUGUGAGACUCACGAAGUCACAUUAGAUGAGUUCAAGAAAGUGAUGGAGUCUCUUAAGCAAGAAAUCGAAGACAGCAAGAAAAGAAAAACCGUAAACUCAACUCCACUAGAAAAACAAGAUAAAAUGAUGGAAGAUAUAUAUGUAUAUUUCAAUAAUUUCAAGAAAUGA